UUGUAGUGGUCACCUGGUGGUGUGUGAUAUAUACGUUUGUGUUCCUUGAAUCUAACCUCACAAAUAAGCCGCUAAUUGCGACUUUGCGAGCAUUUGGCGAGUUUAUGCGGAAUAUGUGCAUAUUGUGUUAGUUUUGAACAAGUAAUCAUGAGCUGCUUCGGCAUUCUACGGUGCAAACAAUCCAUAGUUUUAAACAAAGGUUUAAUAGAGCAUUGUAUGAGGCAAUAUUUAAUGUGUCAGACUAGAUGUGUCACAAGAAGUGAAAAUUAUUACAGACAUUAUACCGACGCAAAAGAACGAGCGGUUCGAAGGAGAGCACUGCGAAUACGUAUACUGCAAGAUUUUAAGCACACAAGAAGAAAAGUAGAGGAGAUUAUUGAGAGAGAAAAUAUCUGGACUGUACCGAAUCUGCUUUGCAUGGGUCGCAUAGUGACGUCGCCGUUCUUAAGUUACUUGAUCUUGUCGCAAGAUUAUCAGAUAGCGCUGUGGUUGCUUGCAUUUGCAGGACUUAGCGACCUGGCGGACGGAUGGAUCGCGCGCACUUGGACUUCGCAGGCUUCAAAGCUCGGUAGCUUCUUGGAUCCAGUUGCGGACAAGUUACUCGUAGGGACGCUGUUCCUCUCCUUGGCGUGGGUCGGCCUGAUACCGGUGCCGCUUACCUGCCUCGUUGUUGCGCGCGAUGUCGCCCUGGUAACUGCUGCAUCGUACAUUAGAUACCGUACUUUACCUCCACCAAAAACUUUAGCGAGAUACUUUGAUCCGACACAUGCUACUGUACAGUUAGCACCGACCAUAACGAGCAAGUUGAACACUGGAAUACAAUUAACUCUAGUCGCUGGAACAUUGGCCGCUCCGGUUUACCACUUUGUCGAUCAUCCAAUCCUGCAAGGUCUCUGUUACGUGACAGCGAUUACAACGAUCGCAGGAGGUGCCAGUUACUUGUUCUCCAAGGACACGUAUAAAUUGUUAAGAAAAAAGACUCGGACGCAAUCGUCUUCUUAAAACUAACGCUUGUAUAUUACCGAUAUAUAUAUAUAUAUAUGUGUAAAGUGUAAUACGUGUAAAUUGUGUACCAAUUUACUACUGUAGAAUUUUACUGUGCGAUAUUACGUUUUUUGUAUUAUAAUAUACACCUCCAACAAUUUAAGAAAAAUAAUAUUAUUUUUGAAGCCUUUUAA